AUGAUAAGUCGAGGGUCGAGUCACUACUCAAGGAUCUUGAGAGUACUUUACAAGAUAAGCGACGAAGAAUUCAAGAGGAAUCUUGUUUUUUACUGGGGAGAGAUUCAAUACGGGACACUCAAAUUCAACCGCAUGGAUGCAGAGGUGGCUGCACUGAGAGAGCUAAAGAAGGAAGAAUUGAUUGAUUUCUUUGACGAAUUCAUAGAAAUCGAAGACAUUGUUGGUUUCAGAAAGUCUCAACCUCUAUACGGAUCGCUGAAAGGAUGUAGCCAGCUGAAACUGUGA